AUGUUGGAAACACAAAUUUCACAAGUUGCUCAACAACAAGCACUUACUACUGCUCCUGCAGGAACAUUUCCUGGACAGACGCAACCAAACCCGAAAGGUCAUGCAAAUGAUAUUAUACUACAAAGUGUGAUAGAACUAGAUGGACCGACCGGCCCUAGGAUUCAAAACCCAUCCAUGCACCAAGACCCUGGUAAGGUAACUGAGAAAGAAGACGAACUAGACGAAGAUAAAAGCGAAGAGACCGUAGAGAAAGAAGAACCUUAUGUGCCUCCACCACCAUAUAAACCUUCAAUUCCUUAUCCUCAAAGACUCGUUAAAUCUAAAAGUGUAAGGCAAUUUAAAUUUUUUGUAGAGCUUCUAAAACAAUUGAAUAUCAUGAUACCCUUUACGGAAGCUAUCACUCAAAUGCCCUCAUAUGCUAAGUUUCUCAAGGAAAUAUUAUCUAGCAAAAAGAAGAUAGAGGAUAACGAAACAGUUACACUUACUGCUGAGUGUAGCGCCAUAAUACAAAACAAUAUGCCUCCUAAGCUGAAAGACCUAGGGAGUUUCUCCAUACCCUGGGUAAUCGGAAAGUUUGUCAUAGAUAAAGCACUAUGGGACUUAGGAGCCAAUAUUAGCUUAAUGCCCUUGUCCAUAUGCGAAAGGCUUAAAAUGGGAAAACUAAGACCUACUAGGAUGUCCGUACAACUUGCAGGUCGUUUUGUUAAAUUUCCCGUAGGUAUGUUAGAAAAUGUUCCAAUACGCAUAGGUCAAUUCUAUAUUCCUAUUGAUUUUAUAAUCAUGGAUAUAAAAGAGGAUUCCAACAUCCCUGUCAUAUUAGGAAGACUAUUCAUAGCCACUGCCGGAGCUAUUAUAGAUGUUAAGAAAGGCAAGCUAACCUUUGAAGUUGGUGAGGAAAAAGUCAAAUUUAUUUUGACGCAUUUCUUAAAGGCAUCAGCUAUAGACGAUACAUGUUGUCUAGUGGAUGUCAUCGACGAAUGUAUAAGAGAAAUGGAGAAUGAACAAACAUCAUACUCCAAAAUACUGAAAAUUCUAAGGCCUCCUACUUUUGAAGAUGAAAAUUGGUGUAAGGAAUACCAAGAUGACAGCCUAAGCGAAUGCCUAACACUAACACCCGAUCAUAUGCCUUGCCCAAAGAAACCAGCCCUAGAACUUAAAACGCUACCCAAAAAUAUAAGGUACGAAUUCCUAGACACUGAACUCGAGCGACCUAUAAUAGUCAAUGCAGACUUAGGGCAGAUAGAGAUCGAAAAGCUUCUACACAUUUUAAGAAAAUAUCCAACUGCUUUAGGCUACAACAUCUCGGAUCUAAAAGGAAUAAGCCCUUCCAUAUGCAUGCAUCGCAUAAUGCUAGAGGAAGACAGUAAGACCUCUAGAGUACAUCAAAGAAGGACAAAUCCAAUUCUGAGUGAUGUAGUAAAGAAAGAAGUGUAA